GAGACGGGACGCCGCGCCCGGGCUGACAGGGCUGGGCCGGCCGCGCCCACCCGGCCGCCAUGGAGCUGCCCCUAGGGCCGCGCGACGAUCCCCGCGCCUGGGACGACGACUCGGACCCGGAGCCCUGCCCCGACCCCGACGCACAGGCCGAGGCCUACGUGGCUCGCGUGCUCACUCCGCCAAAGCCGGGGCUGCCGCCGCCGUGCGCCCCGCCGCCGCCGCACGCGCCCGCCGCGGCCCUCGGCGCUCUGGAGCCGCGCGCGGCGUCCCGAGUCCCGGCCGGGGGUGUCCCGGGCCUGCUGAGCCUCCCCCCGGAGUUGCUGCUCGAGAUCUGCGCCUACCUGGAUGCGCGCCUGGUGCUCCACGUCCUGCCGCGCGUGUGUCGCGCGCUGCGCGAUCUCGUGCGUGACCAUGUCACCUGGAGGUUACGUGCGCAGCGCCGCGUGCGCGCGCCCUACCCGGUGGUGGAAGAGGAAAACUUCGACUGGCCAGCGGCCUGCAUCGAGCUGGAGCAGCACCUGGCACGGUGGGCAGAGGACGGGCGCUGGGCUGAGUACUUCUGCCUGGCCAACGGGCACUUUGCGUCCAUUGACUCGGUGCUUCUGCUGCAGGGCGGGGCGCUCUGUCUGUCGGGCUCCCGGGAUCGCAACGUCAACCUGUGGGACCUGCGGCGGCUGGGGGCAGAGCCUGGCCGCGUGCUGGUCAAGGCCCUGGGCACCCAGCAAAACGGCACCCACGAGGGCUGGGUGUGGUCACUGGCGGCCCAGGACCACCGCGUGUGCUCCGGCUCCUGGGACAGCACGGUGAAGCUCUGGGACAUGGCGGCCGACGGGCAGCAGUUCGGCGAGAUCAAGGGCAAGGCGGCCGUGCUGUGCCUCUCCUAUCGGCCCGACAUCCUCGUCACGGGCACUUAUGACAAGAAGGUGACCGUGUACGAUCCCAGAGCCGGCCCCUCGCUGCUCCAGAGCCGGCGGCUGCACUCCAGCGCGGUGCUGGCGCUGCUGGCCGACGACCGCCACAUCAUCUCGGGCAGCGAGGACCGCACCCUCGUGGUCUUUGACCGCCGCGCCAACGGCGUCCUGCAGCGGCUGCAGCUCGACUCCUACCUGCUGUGCAUGUCCUAUCAGGAGCCACAGCUCUGGGCCGGCGACAACCACGGCCUGCUGCACGUCUUCGCCAACCGCCAUGGCCGCUUCCAGCUCGUCCGGUCCUUCGACGUGGGCCACAGGUCGCAGAUCACAGGCAUCCAGCACUCGCUGGGGGCCUUGUACACCACGUCCACGGACAAGAGCAUCCGGGUGCACCUGCCCACAGACCCCCCGCGGACCAUCUGCACCCGCAGCCACCACGACGUGGUGAACGGGAUCUGUGCCGAGGGCAACCUGGUGGUGGCCGCCUCCGGGGGCCUGUCGCUGGAGGUCUGGAGGCUGCAGGCCUGAGGGUGGUCUCGGAGCUGGACUCUGGUCUUGGAGGACUCCGUUCUCGGGGGGCGUUUCCCCCACGCUGGUGCUAGCUCUGCUCCAGCCCCCCACCCCCAGCCCGGGGCCUGGGGCGCCAGGGCGUCUGGGCCGUGGUCGGGCAGGGGGCCCCGGGCUGGCCCGGGCUCGGGGGUGAGGUCGGGGUCCGGGCCCCAUCGGCGAGCCGCUCUCCACCCUCGGGCCCUGUCUGUGUGGUGACUUGGCUGUCCCCGCCGUUCCCGCCUCCACUGUGGCGAAGUCGUGAACCAAGAAAGAAUAAACGUGAUGGAAUGUU